GAGGGUGCGGGCGAGGCCCGAGGGCUCAGACCUCCGAGAGGGUGGGGGCGCCCGGGCGCCGACCGGCCGGAGAGUCCAGCUCUCUGCGGGGGCGGGAGCCGGGCUGGGCGGCGCCGGGCGGGCUGUGCGAUGCGGGCGGGCACGAGGCUGGGAGCGGGGACAGCGGGCCAGGCCGCGGCCCGGGGCAGCCCCCCACCUAGGGGCGAGGCCGGCCCCUCCCUGGGCGCCCUGCGCGGCGGUCCCGGCCCCGGCUCCAGGUGCGCUCGGUCCGCGGAGGGUUUUCCGGUCCCGUGGGCAGAGGAACGACCAGGAACUCGGCCUGUCUCCACCCCGCAGUGGGGCGGGUCCGCCUGCAAUAAGACCCGCUGCCCGGCCCCCAGGAGGGUGUGACCUCCGUGGCCGCAGAGGACGAGCGCCGUCCCGUCUCGGCACGAGCGAGGAGCUUCUUCAAGGCGGGCUGAACUCUGAUCCCGACAGAGAGUCAUGGCCAUGGCAGCCAAAGGUGGCACCGUCAAAGCGGCUUCAGGAUUCAACGCCAUGGAGGAUGCUCAGACCCUGAGGAAGGCCAUGAAAGGGCUCGGCACGGAUGAAGAUGCCAUAAUCAGUGUCCUCGCCUACCGCAACACCGCCCAGCGCCAGGAAAUCAGGACAGCCUACAAGAGCACCAUUGGCAAGGACCUGAUAGACGACUUGAAGUCAGAACUGAGUGGCAACUUCGAGCGGGUGAUCUUGGGGAUGAUGACGCCCACCGUGCUGUACGACGUGCAGGAGCUGCGAAGGGCCAUGAAGGGAGCUGGCACGGAUGAGGGCUGCCUGAUUGAGAUCCUGGCCUCUCGGUCACCGGAGGAGAUCCGGCGCAUAAACCAGACCUACCAGCUUGAAUACGGGCGGAGCCUUGAAGAUGACAUUCGCUCUGACACGUCUUUCAUGUUCCAGCGCGUGCUCGUGUCUCUGUCCGCUGGUGGCAGGGAUGAAGGAAAUUACCUGGAUGAUGCUCUCGUGAGACAGGAUGCCCAGGAUCUGUUUGAGGCUGGAGAGAAGAAAUGGGGGACAAAUGAGGUGAAAUUUCUAACCGUUCUCUGUUCCCGGAAUCGAAAUCAUCUGUUGCAUGUGUUUGAUGAAUACAAAAGGAUAUCACAGAAGGAUAUUGAACAGAGUAUUAAAUCUGAAACAUCUGGUAGCUUUGAAGAUGCUCUGCUAGGUAUAGUAAAGUGCAUGAGGAACAAACCUGCAUAUUUUGCUGAGAGGCUUUAUAAAUCUAUGAAGGGCUUGGGCACCGAUGAUGACACUCUUAUCAGAGUGAUGGUUUCUCGAGCAGAGAUUGAUAUGUUGGACAUCCGAGCAAACUUCAAGAGGCUCUAUGGAAAGUCCCUGUACUCCUUCAUCAAGGGUGACACAUCCGGAGACUACAGGAAGGUACUGCUCAUUCUCUGUGGAGGAGAUGAUUAAAAUAAAAUCCAGAAAGGAUAAGAGGAUUCCCAACUCUUGAAAUUUUUUUAACUUCAUCUUUCUACACUGCUAUUAGCAAUAUCUCACAAUGCUUAUUUCCAAUUAAAACGCCUACAGAUGCCUCCUAGGAUAUAGACUGUACUAUUAUUCGUCUAUAAUUACUCAUUAUGAUGCUUUAAAGCUGUACUUGCAUUUCAAAGCUUAUAAAACAUAAAAGGAGAUUUAAAAUUAGAAAUAAAAAUGUGCUCUGUGUUUCAAAGGAAUUGGAAUAUUUUAAAUUAUUUCAUGUUUUCUUGUUGGUGAAAAACUAUUCAAGUGGAAGACUUCUAAAACCACUUUUCUUCCCUAAUUCUGUCUUUAGAGUGGCUGGUAAUUUCUUGAUUUGGAAUUGUGAGCACAUAGUCAGUAAGAACAUCUAUCCAGUUUGCUGUUUUACAAAGUCAUGGUUUGAAAGUGUCCACAAAUCUCUUUGUUUAGAUUUUGUCUAUAGUGUUAAUUGACCUUUCCUGAGUUUGGCCUGGGAGACUUCCUCCAUCACAUCUUAUGUUAAGAUCACUCACUCUCUCCAGGUUAAGUGUAAAGUGUACCAAAAUCACCAACUUGUCUGAACAAAUUAAAUUGUAAAAGUGUGGUUAUACAGAUCCUAUGUGUCUGCUUACCAAACAUGAAUGCCGAACAUUCCACAAUAUUAUGGUUAAUGUCUUAAUCCAUCUUGAAGAUGAACGGAGAAAAAUAACUGUCAAACUAGGUAUCCUGGUGAUGGUGUAAUGCUCUGAGUUUACUUUUACUUAAAGGAAAUUUUUUGUGCUAAAACUAGUUUUAAAAAUCACUUUCGAUUUCGUUGAUUUGUAAUUUACAUUUGCACUGUGCCUUUCAACCCCAGAAUUAUUCUGAAUGCGUACUUGGAUUUCAUUCAAAAGUUCAGUUUGUAUCCAAGAUGGAAAAAUAACUUUAAUAAAAUAUGGUGCCUUUAAAAUGAA